AUGAUUUCGAUGACAAAACAGGGCUCGUGUUUUCACGACAAAAGCGUUCAAACGAAUCCAAUCGAUAGUGACACUAGGUCAAAUAUAAAAGAGUUAUUGGAAGAUUUUGCUUCUAACACAACAGCUCAUGGCUUUGCUCAGAUAAAUUUGAGUGGUCGAACAUCAACAAAAAUGUUUUGGAUGUUGGUCACCUUGGCUGCGUAUGUAUAUUUAUACAAAGAAGGAUCAUCUUUAUUAAAAUUUUAUAAGAGUAAGCCAAUCACGACCAACGUUUACUUUGAAGAAAACGAAUAUAUGGAUUUUCCUGACAUUUUAAUAUGUAACCUAGAUCCUGUCAAAGAGAAAUUAAAGAACAAGUUUAUAAAAGAGGGUAUAGAGGCUUACAAAGAGAUGCAUUUUAAUGACACUAAUUUAAUGCCUUUUGCAGAUUUACGCACUGAAGAUCUAUUUAGAAUAUUGCAUUAUUCAAUGGUUGCUAAAUAUGGCAUCUCAGCAAUACAAUCAAAAUAUCUUAAAGAAACGUUAGACAUAAAAUGCUAUUACAAAUAUUACAAAGUCGAUUGUUCUUCUUCAAUCAAAUGGAGCUCAGCUCGUGGCAACUGUUGGCUUGUUGAUCUAACGCAAGAAAAGUUAAGAUCUAUCGACAAAGGGAGUUUUGAUGGUAUUACAAUAAAAAUAGAUCUAUCUCCGAAUCGUAAUUCUAGUUUAGAAGAUUUCACAUCAUAUCCUGGUGUUGACAUUUUGAUUCAGGAUAAAAAUUACAUGUUCUUUCCCGGCUAUGAUGGAGAGAGCUUGGCCCCUGGUUAUUCGUACAAUAUCGGUUUGAAAAAAAAAAUUGUCAAAAGGAUUAAUCGAUUUGGUAACAACACUUGUAUGGAAGACUAUUGGGUUACAAAUUCAUUACAGCAUUAUUCCCCUAAUAUUUCUUACAAUAAAGCAAAUUAA